CAGCGAGAGUAAUAGUUGUAGCUGUAGUUGUAGUGGUAGUUUAGUGACUAGAUUGUAGGCUCAUUGCUGUGAAUUGCCUGUCGAGGGAGUUGCCUGUUUCUAAAGUCUCACUUCUGAUUGCUUUGUUGUGGGUGUGAUUAUUUGUGAGUCAGGGGCUUGCUGUUGUAGUGGUAAUAGUCGAACCAGUUCACCGAAAUUUCAAAACUUGUUGUCUUACUCGUAAGCUCACUCUCGUGCUUCUCAUUCACUGUACUCGUCAUUAUUCUCUCUGGAAUUGAAUUUUAAUUUAAUUACUCUAAUUCGGAUCAUUUUUAUCGGUUAUAUGAUUAUUAUUAUUAUUUUUGUUGUUUAGUUUUUAGAAUGUGGUGAAAAUUUUAGUGAAAUAAAUUUUUUUUGUCGGAAAAAUGAAUCAAACUUUCGGAGAGGGGUUUUGGGCGACUGUUGAACUGCUCGUGAGCGAUAUAAAAGACAGUGGAACUGUUAGUCCAUUUAAUGAUGAUAUUGAAGAGUGGUUGGAUACGAUGGCUCAUAAAGUCAAGCAGCAGCGCGAACGGGCCAGAAGAAAACAGGAAAAUAAAUCGAAUUUUAGUGAUGAUACUAGUAGUCUUGAUUACGGAUCUUUGAUUGAAUGCAGCUUCAGCAGCCCACAAGUCAGGUCUCGCCUGGAGUUGUUGAUGGGAAGCAAUGUUGUUCGGUUGACUGAUCGUAAGUAUAUGCUCAGGCUGAUGGCUAAAUUACGACAGGAUUUUGAAAGCAAACAACUCUAUCGCAUUGAAGAGAGAAAGAAUAAUGAAUUGAUGCGAACAAAGAUGAUGAUUCUAAACCGUUUGAUAUCUGUGAAUGAAGCUCCGGCUGAAAUACGUCAAUAUCCACUAUUUCAAUUGUACCUCUACUGUGAUGCUAUUGUGGAGCAAAAACGGAUGAAGCAUUCGUACAAAAAACGUAAAAUAGCGUCAUCCUUGUACCACAUUCUCUAUCCUGACGCAAAGACCGAAAAAAAAAUUAGCGAUGAUGAGAAAGAAGUCUACAUGAAGCGGGUUUAUGUCGACGGAGUUCCUGAAUUGGUGCCAAUGACUGAAGAAGAAGUCGUAGCAGCGAAGCUCGAGUUGGAAACCAUUAAAGAUAUUGAAGAGGGAUACGCACUAACGCAAAAAGAAUACGAUCGACUUCAUUACGAAACCGAUGCAAUAAAGGAGCUUCGAAAGACGCAGAAAGUCGAAGAAAUGUACGCGAAAGCCCACGAUAUUCUCGGUAUUCUCUACUCGUAUGUGGACGAUGGUCGAUAUGACAUAGAAGAUCAAGUUAAUAAGGUGUCAGACUCGUCAGCAACGACAAACCAAUUAGACGACCUACCAGAUGAAGAUAAACAUCAAGAUUAAAUUCGCUAUUUAUUAAAUCAAGAAAAUGCCUGGAAAUAUUAGACAGCGCUUUAAAGGGAUACAUAUUUCUUAAUUAAUUUUAUACAUGACUUUCUGAGGAGCAUCAAGCAUCAGUUAAGCCAGAACCUCAUUAAUUUUUUUUGUAAGAAAUUUGGUUGAUUAACACGUCAUUUAAGUUGUUAUUAUUUACGUGUAAAUAAUGUGUUUGGAUUACAAUUUUAAUUUAAAUUUAUUAAAAAAAUUUUUUUAGCUUUUCUUUUGGACGAUUUUGUCUUG